UCUAAAACUCCACCCAAUCCGCUGUCCGUAUUUUCUGGGAAUACUAUCGAAACGAUACCGACACAGCAAAAACGAGUUCUUGAGUUCUCACAACUGUCAUUCAGAUGACUGUACAAUCAGUGUAUCCGCCUUUUAUCAAAUUAUUUUGUGAUUACCAGUAGCAGGGUCCAACAUGACGACCCAGGUACAAGCAUUAUAUGACUUCUCCGGUGACCCGGGCACUACAGAGAUGUCAAUAACAUCUGGAGAAAUUUUGACUUUACUUAAUACUGAAAUUGGUGAAGGAUGGUGGGAAGGGAAGAAAGCCAAUGGUGAAACUGGUUUAUUUCCUGCUGCUUAUGUUAGAAAAUUAACUCCCGAUGAUACAACACAUACUAAAGCAGCUCCCGCAGUGCCAAGAUACGACCAAGCAGCAGAUGACUGGGGAGACCAACAAUACAGUGCUGGGGACAAUAACUAUCAACGCACGGCAUCACAAGAAGAUGGCUGGGACGAUGAUUGGGAUGACGACACUUACUCUGAAAUUGGCCCUGCACAACAUAAAUCCCACCAUAAUCAAAAUUCACAACUUACCCCCCUACCAGGAAUGCCAAUAAGUGAGUACAGUAAUAAUGAUGACACAAGCUCUAACUUCGGAUCAACUGUGGGAACUGUAAGGAAAAGCAAAUUUGCACCAUCCUCCAAGGUAUCUGGUGAGAGCUACCUGCUUGGUACCCUCAAUGUGGAAGUACCAGAACAAGAAAAAGUUUAUAUCGUCCAAGAUGAGGAAGGUUAUGUUUGGGCACCCUUGACUCAACCUUACACUGUCACAGUAGCUUCUCCAAAGAAGGAAUCAAAAUUUAAAGGUAUCAAAAGCUUCAUAGCAUACCAGUUAACACCAUCUUUCAAUAAUAUACAAGUUUCAAGAAGAUACAAACACUUUGAUUGGCUGCAUGAGAGACUACAAGAGAAAUUUACUCUCAUACCUAUCCCGCCGUUACCUGAUAAGCAGAUUUCUGGGAGAUAUGACGAGCAGUUGAUUGAGAGGAGACGUGUGCAACUUCAAGAGUUUGUUGACUGGAUGUGCAAACAUCCAGUGUUAUCCAAAUGUGAGGUCUGGCAACACUUCCUAACCUGCACAGAUGAGAAAAGAUGGAAGGCUGGUAAAAGACAAGCUGAAAGGGACCCAUUGCUGAGCUUAAAUUACUGUAUAUCAUUAGUUGUACCUGAAAAAGCUUUAUUACAAUCUCAGGUGGACCACAUUACGGACCAGUGCCACACAUUCAUAGCCAGUAUGGAUUCAUCUGUCAAGUCUGUCACCAAUAUGUGUGUAGCGCAAACUAAAAGAUUUCAAGGUCCUUACAAAAUUGACAGUCAAAAAGUUGGUGAAGCCUUUUACAAUUUGGGAAAUGCUCUAAGCUUAGAUGAAGGCUCGCUGAUUUCCACUUCAAAAUUGACAUCAGCUAUAAAAAUGACAGGUGGAGCUUACAUUGAAAUUGGCAGAAUGUAUGAUGAUCAGCCUAAAUAUGAUUGGGAACCACUGGGUGAUAAAUUUCACCUGUACAAAGGAAUUGUGGGUUCAUUUCCAGAUUGUCUUGCCAAUCAUAAGGGUGCUGUUCAGAAGAAACGAGAAUGCGAGAGAUUGACAACUGAACAUAAAAUGGAGGUGGCACAACUGAAUGAGGUGUUGAGAAGGACAGAUGUUAUUUCUUAUGCGCUUCUUGCCGAAAUCAAUCAUUUCAAAGCAGAAAGGACAACAGAUUUGAAGGCAACUAUGCAAAAAUUCUUAAGGCAGCAGAUAACAUUCUAUAAGAAGAUUGUUGACAAAUUGGAAACAACACUGCAGCAGUACGAUGAGUAGAAUGAUCACCUUGCACUAAACAUUAUGAAUUCUCAGAUAUUCAUUUAACUUCUGCAUUUACUUAUUGAUGUUCAAAAACAGAAUAUUGCCUGCAAUGACAGAGCAUGGAUGAAGAAUAUACAAACAUUCUGAAAAUGAAUUUGUGUAAUUGUUUGUACCAUAGUAUAUAAGAUCAUAUUAAAAGGGCAACAAUAAUGAAUCAAUCAGGUGCAAAAGCAAGGAGAGAAUUGGUCCACCACAUUCAUCAUAGUGUUCAUGGAUUCAUUCUGAAGUUCAUACUACUAAUACAUUGUCUUAAAUAGCACUGACUAUGAUGAAAAAUUCACUAUAAUAUAUAUAAUAAACUAUGAUGUGUUAGUGCUAACAUCAGAUAAUUAAUCAAAAUUAUGAUAUAUAUAGAAUUGAUUGUGUGUGUAAGAGGAGUUAAUAUUAAUUUUCGUAUUUCUAAAUUACCAUAUAAAAAAAUGUAGGUAACUAUUUAAUCCAAAGGAUUGGCAACACAUUGGAAUUGUGUACGAUGUAUGUAGUAUUAUAAUGAAAUUCAUUGUGAUGAAAUCAAGGACUGAUAUUAAAUAUAUUAUAAUUCAUAUAUCUGAUUACUUUUUUGUACUCAAUUUGGUCUGUAUAUAUGAUGUAUUUUCUGCUACCAUAUUCCCGAAAUAUUUUUAUCAACUAUACAUUUUAAAUGUACUAACUAUAAUUCAUGUAAUAAUUUGACAUUCUGUUGUCUUAUUUUUUAUGAAAUGUUGUAUAAUAUUCCAUUUUUAUAAGAUAUUUUAUAGGGCUCUUUAAUUAAAUAAAUAAUGUAAUUUGUU